CCAUGGAAAGUUUUUUUUUUUUUUUUUUUUUUUUCCUUCCUGAAAGUUUACGCAGGACUGUUGUUGCGCGCAUCCAACAUGACAGAGAAAGUAACGGACAUCACGGCUGGCAGUGAUUUCCUGCUGUGCUGGUUACUGCAAUGAAUGGUAACACUGUCCAGCAGACCACAAGCACUGCACCAUCCGUAGCACCACCUUGUGGAUGGAGGGAGUUCUGCGAGUUGCAUGCCAGCACCACGGCCCGAGAACUUGCCCAGCACUACCGGCGCUUCAUCAAAGAGCGGCCGGUACAGGAUGUGGUCCCGCCGGAAAGUUUCUCAAAGCAGUUCAGUGCCCUGUUCCAGCACCACUUCAGCUGUGAGGUGGCUAAAGAUGCAGAACCCGCCUUGCGGCCCCCGCCGCCACCGCCCUUACUACCCAUGACUGGCCGCUUACGCAUCACUUCCUUCUCAGGGGUGCUGGAUUACCGGGAGACCGUGCGGCCGGGAGUGGCUCCGCUAGUUGCCGUGUUUGCGCCCAAACCAGAUGCCAGUGGCAUCCCUAGGGAACAGGAGCAGUUGCAGCGCUGCUCUCCUACAGACACUACACGCAGAACGCGGCCACAUAGCCAGGAAGAUGAACACCCGGAGCGGAGGACUGGGUCAGAACGAUACACGCCCCCUGCGUUUCCCUUCCCUUCCCGUAGUGAGGUAACCCACAUUUCCUUCAGGCGCAUUCGAGAAACCGUAUGCCAAGUCUUUAAGAAAUCUCCACAACUUGAUGAAUCUUCAAGUGGUUACCCAAGGGACGAUUCAGUCCAGGUGGGCGGACCAUCUGCGACUGUUGAAUGCACCUCUCAAACCCCACCUCAGACUGCGCAGGUACCCGCCCAUCGCACCUCAAAGAGGGCUAUACUGUGGGAACGUUGGAAUCCAUUGCGAACUGUGAGACGGAGACAAGAGACAGGAAGUGUUUGUAAAGAGGGGCAGCUGCGGUACCUGGAGGUGGAUGACACUAUCUCAGACACAGCCCCGCAUUGGCUGCGCUGCCGCCUGCAGGUCAGGAGGACCAAUGAACCCACUGCUAGCGAGAGGUACCAGCUAGAGCUCUAUGACCCACCCAAGGACUACAAAACGCCAAAGCUUACCGUACACUGUUCGGACAUCAAAGAGAUUCGACGCUGUAAUCGCCUAGAGAUGCCAGACAACAUGAACACAUUUGUCUUAAAGGUUACUGGUCAUCCGGGUAGUUUUAUAUUUGAGGCCGAUAAUGAGCAGCAGGUGAGCUCUUGGACCACAGAGCUCAGAGAAUGUAUCACCAGCAGGUCAGAUAGUGGGGAUGGAGAACCAUUUCCUGUUAGUGACUCGCUAAAUACAGCUCAUAGAGGGAGCACAGAGCCCAGCGGCCAGGGCUCUCUGGGCUUUGGACUCACAGAGCACGCCUACAACAAAACGGAUCACUUCCUGUCCUCUUACCCAUGGUUCCAUGGACCCAUAUCACGAGUGCGGGCUGCCUACCUUGUACAGCAUGCUGGGGUCAGCGGUCAUGGGAACUUCCUGGUGAGACAGAGCGAGACACGGAGAGGAGACUAUGUCCUCACGUUUAACUACCAGGGCAGAGCAAAGCAUUUGCGUCUAUCUUUAACCGAAUGGGGUCAGUGUCGUGUGCAGCACCUGCGUUUCCCAUCAGUCAUGGACAUGCUGAGUCACUUCCGCAACUGUCCGAUCCCGCUGGAAUGCGGCGCCGCAUGUGACGUUAUGUUGGCCAGUUAUGUGCGGGUAAACCCCACUCACACAGGUCAGAGUUCGGCUCAUGGCUCUCCGGUAUUGGUGCCCUUCUCUCGCUGGAGCUCAGAGCCGAGUCUGGCUCACUAUAGUCCAGAUUCAUGCCCUCACUCCAGCCCUUCCAUGGCCCAGUCAUGUUUGCCUCCAUCAGCGUUAGCCGCGCUCCCGCACCGCAUGCCCCCUUCCCUUCCAGAUCGGCCCGUUCCCGUACCCCUGCGCCGGAGCGAGUCGGUGGGCCGCAGAAACCUGCUCCGCCACCCCAACCCGCUGCCGCCCCUACUGCCCAACCGGGACUCUGACUAUGAACUAGAGCCGCUCGACAGGGGGCGCAAGAGAGCGAUCGACAACCAGUACAUGUUCUUCUGACAGAAACGGGAUGAAAAAGCAAACAAAAGAAGCCGCAGAAGAAAGGUGCUCCAGAAUUCUCGCCCGGAUGGAGAGCAUUCGGCAGACAAACAGAGAAAAGAGUUGUGCACAAGACUCGGGGUAACCGUGCGAUGCACAGGUGUCUGAACGAUACUGCCAGAGCCCUGACACCUAACCAUGACAGCUGUCUACCUUGUGAAUGUAUUAUACAGAUGUUUCACUAUCAAAUCUGUGUGUAUUGUAGAACAACUAAAAUAGGAAGGCGAAGCAGACAGCUGCUCAUGGGGAUACAGAAGAUUUGUUGGAGAUAGUGGAAUGGGAAAGUUUCACAAUGGCUAGUCAGUAAGUUGAACACAAACCAAGGGUCUAUUCAAACACGUCUGUGUCUACACUGGAAGUGGCCGACAUUGCGACAACUUGAGGUCGUCUACACUGGAAGCGUUCACAGACCAUUCAGCUGCAAGCUUGAGACUAGACUUAAGCGAUUAGUAAAAUGACAAUAAAAUCAGCUGAAAAAAAUCAUUAUUUUCAACAGAGAUCUGUUAUAAAAUUGAUUUUGCGUGUGAUAAUAUUAUACUUAAUUUUAUAUAUGUUAGUAUUCUUACAACUGCAGAUGCAUAUGGUUAAAUAAAAAAUGAUUAAAAUUAGCACAUCAGACCAGAAACAUCUCGAGCUGGCUUUGAUAUAACGGUCAGAAGUUAUUUUAACAUGUAAAGAAUACAAUUUAUAGAUUUUAAAUAAAAUCACAUCAUUUUAGAUGUGGCUGGAGUAGUCAGAAAUAGAAAUAGAAAUGGAGAAACGGGGCAUCCGCAUCAAGUGCUUACAGUGUAGACAGCUCUGUUCAUUUUAACCAGAGCGAUAUAGUUUUGUCGUGUUGCCACGUGCCGCACAUGUCCGAUGUAGAUACUGUGUUAAACAUUUAAAAGAUCCAAUAGUUUAGUCUGGCCACACACACACACACACACACACACACACACUUUCAGAUUGUUUAAUUCAUGUUCAGUUGUAGUAAUACACAGGUUUCUAAAUGUUUUGUGUAUUAAAAGACUAAAUAAUACAGACCAUAGAAGCACAUUUUGGUCGCAUAUCCGAGGCCUAGAUGUAGUACGUCUCUCAACACAGUGAGCCAUGUCAUCUUGGAUUCUAGAGGUUUACAAUUUAACUGACCAAAGAGUAAAAUUAACCAAACCAAUCCAGCAAUAACUAGAAUUUUAGGCAAUAAGUUUUUUUUUUUUUUUUUUUAAGCCUAAAUUGUCAUAUUUUAUAAAUUAAUUUGUUUUAACCUGUGAAUUCAUUUUUUCUAUCUGUUUUAACACAUUUUAACCCUCAUGUGUUUCAUGGCUUCAUAAUCUGUGGAAAUACUACUUUUAAACUAACAGCUACCAAAUCUGACACCAUAAAUAGAUUUUAAGCUAUUUGUCUGUCAUUUUUCAGUAAAUGCAUUACAAAAAAACAAAAAAAACAAACAAAAAAAAACAUUGCUCGACGUUUUCAGAGCUUGUUCUCCUUUGUGUCUCUUUGAAUCAUUGUGAAUGUCUUUCUUUGUGGCUUAACACUACCACAGUAGUCAAAUCUGUAGUGCAGAUACCCAAAUUACUUUAUAUCUCAUUCAUACAUAAUUUGGCAGAUCUCACAUUUCACCCCAAGUCAAAAGAAAAAAAAAUUGUGUAUAUAUAUAUAUUGUAUAUGUAUGUAUGUAUGAAUGUGUGUGCGUGCGUGCGUGUGUACCUGAUAAACCAAUGCCAUCUCACGACCAGUUAGUAUGUAUUUUACGAGGUGGCUAAUUCGUACGAAUUCGUACGACCUCACUCGUACAAAUUCAUACGAUUUGUCUAAACCCCAGUGACGGGUAGGUUUAGGAGUGCUGUGAGAUCGGUUUGGAUAAACCCUACAUUGUGAUGACCAAUUAACUAUGCAAGCUUAUUUCCGCCAUGAAAUAAAAAAAUAAAAAAGGUAAUUGUGACUUUUUAUCUCACAAAUCUGACUGUUUUUCUCGCAAUUGCGAGUUUAUAUCUCACAAUUCUGACUUUGUCUCAGAAUUGCGAGAUAUAAACUCACAAUUGCGUGAUAUAAAGUCAGAAUUGUGAGAUAUAAACUCACAAUUGCGUGAUAUAAAGUCAGAAUUGUGAGAUAUACACUCGCAAUUGCGUGUUAUAGUGUCCAAUUGUGAGGGGAAAAAAGACUGACAUUUUUUCUCAGAAUUACGAGUUUAUAUCUUGCAAUUCUGAGAAAAAAAGUCAGAAUUGCGUGAUAAAAACAAAAUUGCGAGAGAAGAAAGUCAGAAUUGUGAGUAUAUCUAAUUCUGACGUUAUAUCACACAAUUCUGACUUUAUAACUCGCAAUUUUGAGGAAAAAAAGUCCGAAUUGUGAGUGUGAGUAGUGGCGGAAACAAGCUUCCAGGAAUGACCCCACAAGGACAGUAAUACCGGUCAUUUUUAACCUUGUGGGACAUUAGUUUUUGCGUGCGCGUGUGUGUAUGUAUGUAUGUGUGUGUGCAUAAUAAUAUAUUUACUAAUAUAUAAUAUUUUUUACUAUAUUUAUUUAAAAAAUUUUAAUUAUAUUUUUCAUAAAAUUAAGAAAAUUAGGCCUGAUUUUUUUAAGAGCAUAAAUAAUUCUCAUAAUACAUAAUGAUUAUUUGCGAUUAUUUGUACUACAGUAAUUUUCUACAAUAUUACAUUUUAAAAAAAUGUAAUGUACAGUUUUUCUUCUGGUUGUGGGGUGAAAUAUGACUGACAUAUUACAGACAGGUUUUGUGAGAUUUACGCCGUUCACAAAUCCAAUUAAGCGAUUAUUAAAUCAAUUAAUGAUGCAAAGCAAGAAACCUUUCUAUACUCUCUCCUUCUCAUAUGCUUUGCUGCAGAAUUCGGUCUCUGCUACAGUACGUCCUAUUCCUCCUACUCUUCAUCAUCCGUUGUUUCUACGUUUUUGUAACAAACCUCAAUACCACAAAGAACCGUUUCACACUCAAAGAGUAGGCGACCACAUUCUACACUCUAUAAUUAUAUUUUUUAACAUGAUAUGAAUGAAAGCGUGAACUGUACCUGUGUAUCACUACCUCGCAUUGCAUUGUGGACUGUGUGUUGCAGGUGGACUGUUCUUUUUUAUGAUUGGACGGUGUCAGAGCAGCAUUGAGCAGAUGGAGUUAGACUAUUCAAUUACUUGUGUCAUUGACAUGCAUGUCCACUAAUAAGUGAUGUGCUCAAUUCAAUCAGCAGAGUAUUGUUUAAAUGACUAUGCUGCUUUGCAAAUGACCCAGAAUGUCCUUUUGUAAUUAGAAAACACUUGUUUUUAUGCAAAUACGUUUCUAACAUGAUCAUUUAAUAUGUACAGAUUAAAUUUCUUAUUGCUGACUUUAUCAGAAAAACAACCGCUGCAUUGUCUGGUAAUGAAUUGCUUACUCCACAUGUAGUGCUCAACGGGCCAUAUUGACAAAGUACCUCUCGGAGUUAUUUGCGCUGUUGUAUAAUGUGAUUGAAGUGGGAAGAUCUGAUACUGAAGCUGUGCUGUGUACUUUGAGACACUUUGUACAUACAUGCCCUGAACUGCACCACUGUGCUUUAUAGUUGCAAAUGAACCCCUUCUGAGGUCCCUCAAAGUUGAACUGAUGAAUGUAUGUCUUCUCUCUCUAUACUGUUGUUACUAUGAGACGUAUAAGAGCACUGUAAACCCCUGGGCUUUACCCUCAGCUAGUUUAACCACUCCACCAUGGCUUUUUUGAUCAAACUUUCCAGUUACUUUCUAUGUAGCAAUAUGCAUAUUAAAUUAUAUCAACUGUAUAUUUGAUCUUUUUUUUAGGAAAAAAAAAUAAAGAUAAUAUUUCAGUCAA